CUUCAUGGUGCAGUAGUCGUCGCGGGCGGCCAACCAUCGACCGCCGCGGAUGCGGCCCGUGUGGCCGUCCCGUUCACCAAACGCCCCUGGCCUAUCCCACGUUGCGUAUGGCUUGUUCCUCAUUCUUGUCUGCCUUCUCUUUUUCCUUUUUCUGUCUCCUCUCUGUGGCUCUCUUCGAGGCUACGAUCACACGAGUAGUCGUCGCCUCUCACUAUUUUUAUACUUACUCGUACUCUUGCAGCCAGAAAAGUAUAAUCCUACACAGUUUCUCCUCGCUAUCGGUGAUUUCCAUCAUGAAUCGCAAAAUACAGACCACUUUCAUGGCUUCUAAUGGCCAGUUAUCGGCCACAGCUUUUUGCCAAUGAUAGGUAUACAGGACUACACUCAAUAAUCACUGUAUAGUGUCCUGACGGUCGGGGUGGUUAGUACAGUAAUUGUUCUGGACAACCAGAAAUCAUGAUGG